AUGGCAACGGCAGCAACUCGUGAAGCCUGUGAGCGGUUAUUUUUCGCCUCGUCCCGUUGCUGUCAAAAACACACGGACACGUGCCUCGGCUGGGUCAUAAAUAAACAAGCCGUGGUCUGGAUUCGAAGUGCACGCAGAAGCCGGUCCGAGGUCGAACAUUGCUCGAAUUGCUUGCCGGUCGACAAAUCAUUUUUGCCCGCUUUGACGCGCGACGAUGACGGCUCUGCCGCUGAUGGAUGA